AUGGCCCGUCGUCCCGUUCUCCCCGGAGUAGAUCGUCCGUCGGCCGUCACCAUUCAUUUCUCUACAACUCUCCUCCGACACGCGUUCCCCGUUAACUCCCCUUCCGCGCAGAUGGAUUCCGCCGUUACCCCUUCUGCCCCGCCUGCGCCCAUGGCGCCCCCGCCUGACCGGAUCUCCGCCAAACACGCCGCGAAGCCCGCCGCGCCUUGCGGGGGUUCGGCGCAUGUUUCUCUUGACUGCGCAACCGCCCCGCAUGCUUCAACGCCGGGGGAACCCGCGGCUGCGACGCUUGCGGACUGUCACCCCCCGUACAGUCACAUUCCACAUUGUCACAAUCAAGGCAGCGGGGAGGAUCAGCUGCCCCCGUUAGUGUCACGCGAGGCUGUCGCGGAGGCGAGCCCGCUCGGCCUGACGCUUCGCAAGACGCCGUCGCUGGUGGAGUUCAUUUCGCACAGGCUGUCGCAGGGCACCGGCGGCGCUGGUGGCGACGCUGCUGGCGACGCUGGCGACGGUUCUGACGACGUGGAUAUGACAGAAGAGGCGCGGACGGGCGUACCAAGCGGCGGAGAAGGCGGAGAAGUCGGAGAAGGCGGAGAACUAGCGAGGCCAGCGCAUACGAUGCGCGGAGGCGACGCGCAGCGGACGUUGCGCGGGAUGGGCGGAGGGGGGAUGAACAGCAGCAGCAGCAGUAGCAGCAGCGAGGCGGAACUGGGCGGCGGGGGAAUGGCGCAGGGCAGCAGCGCGCGGGGGAAUGGAAGCCGCGCGCGGGACGAAGAUGUUCGACCCGGUAGCGCUUCCGCGCACCAGUACGCGCAGGGCAAGGCUAUGCCGGCGCUAGUGGCGUUCGGCGGAGGCGCAACCACGGCGGACGGGGCUUUCGCGUCCCCCGACGGCGCGUUGAUGGCGGAAGGCGCGCUAGCGGCGUUCAGCGCGCCGUUCCCGGCGCUGCCGGCGCCGCCAGCGGACAAGCUGAAGGCGUCCAACUUCCCCGCCACGCGCAUGACCAUCGGCACCUGGGAGGUGCGCGUGGGGGGUGGAAAUAACGGUCACCCCUGGUCCGUUAAACCCUCUUUAAACCCCGUCAACGGUGCCUCCCACGUCCUCCUCGCGUGCUCUUUCUCUUCCUUCCAUAUCGCAUCCCUCGCCUCCUUUGCUGACGCCCUCACUCGCUCCCUCCCCACUCCCCUUCCUCCUUUCAUCCCCCGCCCCUUUUCCCGCGCCCCACUUUCCCCCCUCAUCUUCCGUCCCUCCCCUCCCCGCCGUCCAAUAACGGCAGAGGCGCAGCAACCUGAGGCGCAGCAAAGGCGCAGCAAGUACGAGGGCGACCUGGUGGCCAAGUGCUACUUCGCGAAGCGCAAGCUGGUGUGGGAGGUGCUGGAGGGCGGGCUCAAGAGCAAGGUGGAGGUGCAGUGGGGCGACAUCGCCCUCCUGCGCGCCUCCACUGCCAAGGGCCAGCCCGGCGUGCUCGAAAUCGAGGUGUCGCGUCCCCCCCAGUUCUUCAAGGAGAUGAAUCCACAGCCGCGCCGCCACACGCUCUGGCAGUCCACACCCGACUUCACCGCCGGCCAGGCCAACUCCUUCAGGCGGCACGUGGUGGAGUUCGCAGAGGGCGUGCUGAACAAGCAUCUGCACAAGCUGCUCGCCUCCGACCCGCGCCUCAGAGACCUCGCCCACGGCACCUCCGCACACCACACCCACCCCGGCCAGCACGGGCAGCACGGGCAGAUGGGGCAGGGCGGGCAAGGGAGCGCGCACAUGGGCAUGCAUGCGCGCACCCAUGCGCACGCAUACAGCAGAGACGUGCUUCAGAGCUCGCCACACAAGGCAGGCGUGGGGGCCAUGGGGGCCAUGGGGACGUUGGGGGCGGGCGGGGCGUUGGAGGGGGUGAUGAGCUACGGCCACGGGAAGCCCGCUGGCCCGCACGGUGCUCUGCCCGUGGGCGAGGAGGGGGAGGUGGCAGGGCGGGGGAAGGCAAGGCAAGCAGCACACGUGGCGCCACCCUACCCCAUGCUGCCUGCAGGCUUCUUCCCGCCUCCGCCCCUGCCCCAGACCUUCUUCCCUCCGCCCCCCAUCAUGCCACCCUUCCCCACGCACCACCUGCCACCACCCCCCUCAACGCUCUCAUCACCAGCUUCAGCAGCAGCAGCAGCGGCAGCAGCGGCAGGGAGCAGAGCAGCAGCAGCGCGUGCAGCAGACCCCCGUUCGCCCCUCUCCGCGCCCUUCCCUCCCUUCCCCUACUUCCCCCCCCACCUCUACCCUCCUCCCCCAUACCUUCCCCGUGGCUACAUGAGCCACUCAUACGAGGGGGAGCAAGAGGAUGAGGAGGACGACGAGGAGGAAGAGGAGGAAGAGGACGAAGGGAUGGAGGGGGAUGCGGAGGGGUUGAAAGUGUGGGAGGAAGGGGCGGGGGUGAGAAGCAUGGGAGAAAGGGCCGCCCUCUCAUGGAUUCGUCCUUUCCUUCACCUGCCGGUGAGAGCUUCUGUCAUUCACGCCAUGCCAACUCCUUUCCCCGCAUCUCCUUUCUACCCGCCUCCUUCCGUCUCGUUCCGUGCCCCUGCACCUCUGCCGCAGUUACUCUUCUUCUCUUCUUUUACUCCUCCUCGCCCUGCCACAUGUCACCUGUCUGCCCUCAUGCACCUCUGCUCCACUCUCCUCCCUCCCUCUCACAUACCCUCUCCUUUUCCCUUUGUCUAUCCCCCACCACCAGCGCACUACCCGCACCUGCCCCACCACCCCAUGUGGCCUGCCCACGUGGGCCUUCCCCCCGCCGCCUUCUGGCCGCCCUUCCCCCCUCCUCCGUACCCUGCCUUCCCUCCUCCCGCCUCGUCUGCCUCUCCGCUUCCCCACAUGCAUCCCCAUGCCGCACGCAUGCACCCAAUGCAUGCACAUGCCAUGCCCGCCCCUGCCAUGGCCCCCCACCAUGCCUUGCUGCCGCCAGCUCAACAUCCUUCGCACUGCCACAUCCCCACACCCAUGGGCCCCACACACAUGCACACAGACCAGCCCAUGCACCCACACACGCACACCCAUAUGCGCAGCAGCAGUGUGAGCAGCGGCCGGGUUUCUGUCCGCCGGGGAAUGCAGAGCACGAGCAGCAACAGCAACACGCCCCUUCCAGCCACCAGCAUCGACACGAGCAACAACAAUGACAAGAGCAGCAAGAGCAAGAACGGCAGCAAGAACGUCACAGGCAGCAACGGCUUCCCCAGCAGCUUCAACAUUCCCAUCAGCAGCACCAGCAACAGCGGCAUGGGGAGCGGUGGCCUGAGAGAAAGCACCUCCCCGAUCCCCUCGUCUUUUCUGGAGGAGGUGUCAUCUAUGUUCUGCGACCCGCUCCCGUUUCACUAG